AUGAGUCGGCAUACACUGCGUGUUCCGGAGGUCCGCGUCAGCGGAGCGCCGGCACAGGAUGAUCAGGAGGACUCGCCGGCGGCGCUGCCUCCGUUCGCUCUUACCCUUGCAUCUAUACCAAGAAGGAGACACUCUUGGAUAUGCGGGGGCAUCGUUCAGUGUGUAGACAAAACGAACGUGCUUGAGAUGUUGCCAAUCGCCGAAGCGGAGGAGGGCGCCACCGCGCAGGUGUCAGUAGGUCGACACCGUCGUACAAGAGAUCGUGUCGUUACUGCUGAAAUGCGUGCGGUGCGACGCCGGCGUGGGUGGACGGUUGUUGGCUCUGAAACUAGGUAA